UGGUAAAAUUGCUGUCUUAGACAGUUUCCAACUGAUCGCAGCUUUAUUAAUGCAAUUUUUAUUGGCUUUCAUAAACAGUAGGGGGUCGAUUGUGUACUCAAAUAUAGUGAAAUAGGAUAAGUUUAUACCUGUUAGCUAAUCGCGCAUUAGGAUUAAAAGAAGACAAGCACAACGAUUGGCUAACAACUAUUCACUUUUAGCAUUUUCACAUAAGUUGCCUGUGAUUUUCACUACAUUUGAGUUACACAAUCGGCCUGUAGAGAACUAACUGGAACUUUGUGAUUCAUAGAUUUACGAAUACAAAUAAUUUUGCGCCAAUUGGUCCUUCAGUUGGUGAUUUGUUUGUUAAAAUUGGAUAAAUUGAUAUAAUCGAUUAUCGAAUACAAAAUUGUUUUACAAUACUAGUUCUAUGAGUUACAAUUUUGUAACAAAAAUAUGCCAUAGGUAUCAGUUAUCUGGUAUCAAUGUCUCACGUCUUUGAAUCAUCAUGAAGAGUAAAUGUUCACUGGUUAUACACGGAACUGUGUACAAAUUUUAAAUUGAAUUUUUGUUUGUGAUUUUCCUGUUAAUGUAGGGUAUUUCUUGAAUAUCCGACAAAACUUUAUUACAAAAUACAAUUGUACGCUUUUUCGUUAUUACUUCGUUUCUUGAAGACUGUAACUCCAAAUAAACGCAAAAUGCGUUCAUACUUUUUUAAGAUUGGAACAUUUAUUUAUAAUUUACCAAAGAAAAUAAUAGGAUAUCCAUUUUCUAAACUCUACUUUCUAAAAUCAUUGCUUACAAAUGAUCAUCAGAAUCAUCUGGAAAUUUUGUAUCACAGCAAUAAUUUUCUUGUUGUAAGCAAGCCAUAUGAUAUGGUUAUCAAUUCUGACAACCCUGACCUGAAGCAUAGUCUUCAGGCUGAAGUACGAAAACGAUUUCCCAAUUUGGUGAACCCAAGUCUGUGUCAUGAUUUUCAUUUUGUGCACAGGCUAGAUUAUGUCACCAGUGGGGUGAUAUGCCUUGCUUUAAAUAAGAAAGCUGCACGAGCAGCUGCAAAUGCCUUUGCCAAUAGAAAAGUAAAAAAAUAUUAUUUAGCAUUAGUACAUGGACACAUACAGUCACCAUAUAUUAUAAUUGACAAGGCAAUCGGAAUGGACAUUCGUGAGAAGGAUGGUAAUCACAAGAUUUGUACAAUAGACAGUGUAUAUUGCGAAAAACCUCGUGAAUCCUAUACAACAUUAUUAGUUCUUGAGCGUGGCUUUAGGGACAAUAAACCUGCAACCAAAGUAUUAUUGUAUCCAGAAACUGGUCGUAGGCAUCAGCUGCGUGUCCACUGUGCUUACAUAGGUCAUACAAUAAUAGGUGAUUAUACUUAUAGCGAAAAACAGGAUAUUGAACCAUAUAGGACGUUUUUGCAUUCAUUCAGAUUAAUAUUAAAAACUUCACUGGAGGAUUUAGAUGUUAGAACAUCUGAUCCUUUUGUUACAUCUAACUCAAGGAAUUGUUGGAGACCGACUGAAUUCGUGCGAGUUUUAGACGAGAAUACAUUUUCUGACGUGGGUCUUUUAAUUCGGCAUAGCAAUAAUUGGAAUAAUAGAAGAUUAUUGAAAAAAUAAACAGUGAUAAAUACC